AUGUCUAGUUCACCACUUCGUACAAGCUCAGAGCAAACCUUUGUCAAAGAAAGCCCAUCCAGAUUCCAGAGUCGAUUGAACGAAAGAUACAAUGCUGCACUCGAGUCGCCACCGCGUGAGCUAGCAUCCUCAUCCUCUUUCUCCUUCACAGCCAAAAGUAGCCCUCUAAAGACUACGACACAACAAGGCUCUCCACAACACAAGAGAUUUGAAGGCGAAAAGUACACCAGUUUUGAAGUGCCCAAUAGAGAUCGUGGUGAGUGGAGAGAGGUCAAUGUAGCAAAAAUGGGAGAGGUGUAUGUGAAGAAAGAAUUUGGCGGCGGCAGUGUAGUAAAGGAAUCAGUUGUAAUGAAGAAGGAGUUUGGUGAUGGUAUCAAGAACGAGGUUGACUCAAAGACAUCUGCUCUUUCCGCAGGUCAUCAAGAAAGCCCUUCUCCAAAGCCUUCUCAUGAGGCAAAACCAAUCGUCAAAUCUUCUCCUCCAUCUGCUGCUCAACCUUCCUCUUCUCCAGCUACUUUGUCCAAAACAACUGCACCUGUUCAGGAACAACAGCCACAAGGAUACCGCCAUACUAGCAGCAGAUCUCGAGAUGUGCCUCAUUACAUGCAAGCUACCUCUUCAUUUUACGAGAAAAUCAAUGCUAAAAAGGAAGAACGCCAAGCAGACAAUCUAUUGAGACCUCGUACCAAAGGUGGCAUUUCUAAACGAGUGAGCACCUCCAAGAUACCACGUUAUAGAUCAACUACUAGUAUCAAUGCUGUGGAUGAUAUUCGAUCUGAAAUGGCACCGGACGAUGUCUAUGUACCCAUGGCUGCACGUAUAAAGUUAUUUGAAAAGGGACUUGGCAACGCCUCCAACAAGCCUGCUCCUAUUACACCAAAGUAUCAUAGAAGCAACUCUGUCAAUAGCAGCUCUCCAACACCCUCUGUCAACAGUUCUCGACAAUCAGGCACACCCACUGCUAAUACUUAUCGUCGUACCUCUUCUCAAAGCAGCGAAGCUUCUACUUCUGAUGGCAUGCCUAGAUACCUGAGACAGACAUCCUCAUCCUCUAUCAAGCAAAGAGAGCUCCCAACCAAUAAAUCGACAACAACAUCUACCACCACCACCACCACAACAGCACGAAAACGCAAGGAAGUAAAGCCAUUUGAAUUCGCAACAAGUAAACGAGCAGACAUAUUUCAUGAAAGACUAAAUCAAUGGAAAAAUCUCGAGAAUAAUAGCACACAUAAUAACAGUAGCAAUAGAGGCACUAAACGCAAGAACAUAAACACAUCACAUGCCACCUCGCAGAAACAUCCAAAGCGUCAAUAG